UCAGACGAAUACAUAGAACCAGCUAGUAUUCCACUGCUGUUCAUAGUGCACCACUAUGUGCCAUGCUUCAGUUUGAUAUUCACUUGUAUUUUCUAUGUCCUUGUAAGCCUGUCGGUGCUCAUUGUAGAUUCGAUAAUCAGCAACAGUUGGAUGGAGAUGUUGACUUAUAAUCUGUCAGUUAUCCCCACGCUAGGUGAGAUGAUACUGCUAUUUUGGAUUGCAUAUAACAGAAAAAAAGUUCUUGGAUUAGUGAACAUUGUAAGGAAAGAUUCACGUCCAGUUAUUAGUUCAGAUCUUGAAAUGAUGGGAAGAUUGCGACGUAAAUGGUUUUACGCCAACAUACAGAAUAUGUCCCUCAUGCUAUAUGUCAUAUUCAUACACUUGUAUGGAUAUUACCCGACAUCAGCUGGAGAAGAACGCAAUAUGUAUUAUAGGUUCACAGCAAACCGCCUCUUUGGAAACUGGCCAACAAUCAUCAACAUUAGCUACGUAUUUUUUUACUUUGCCCAAACAAUAAUAGCUGUUUCAACAUAUUCAAUAGCCGCUGGGAUUGUCUAUGUAGCUCUCACAAUAGAUUUCCAGUACCUGCUUCUUGUUGAUGACCUAAAUCAUAAGGUACUAAUUCACCAGGGGCUUUUUUCUCUCAUGAACAACACGAGCUAUCAAGCUAUUAUAUAUAGGAAUCUUAAGCAGUCUGUGAAGGGCUAUCUUAGGGUGAACAAGUUUAUGAAAAUAACUGUUGAAUCGAGCCAGAAUGAUUUCAUGUUUUUAUGGGUGGUAUAUAGCAUCGGACUGCUGCUAUUUUCCUUCAUAACAAUAUUUGGGCAUUUCUAUCCGCCGUCUGAAAUUAAGCUGUACUUCAUUCUAACAGCUAUUUGCUAUGCAUUUUCGCUAGAAUACUACAACAAACUAUGCGAGUGUCCGUGGAAUUACUGGAAUAUCGCUAACAGAAAGAUGCUCCUGUUGAUGUUGACAAAUACAAAGGAACAAUGUAUUAGUUGUUUUGGAUUGAUCGAAUCGAAUUACAGCUACUUGCUAACCAGCUUCCGGGUAUGGUACAGCAUAAUAUGCUUCUGCAGCAACUGUCCAAAUCAAUCAUUGAAGGAGAAGAUAGCCAUAGAUGGACCAAACGGGCUUUAAGCUUCGACUCGUAUCACCAUUACUUUUUUUAGUGUUUUCACGCAAUUUUAAUAUGUAUAACUAAAAGCGGAUGUAUGUAGUUAUCACUAAUUGUUACAGUUGUUUGUAGCGAAAAAUGUUAAUUUUAGACAACACAAAUGUUUCUGGGUGUAACUGUG